AUGUCACUGCUUUAUGCUCGUGGUACAAUAUUGUUAGCUUCUGACGAAAACGACAUUCGAAGAAAUAGGUUUUCCAAAUGGUAAAUUUGAAAACCACAUAAAUCACGUCUUAACAGAUAGAAAGAGCCCAUCAAUGUUGUACAUAGCUGGUAAUCACGUAACUGUUGUGGUUCAAAUUUAAUCUUUGGUUUAAAUUUUUCAAACCGGUUUAAAUUUUUCAAAUCUAGUUGUAUCACCAAGUAGUUUGUUAAGGAGUAUCUUUCACUCAACUAUGGAUUUAGCGUUAAUACACUUAUACAAUGCUCUUAGAGUUUGAGUGGUGUUCCCGGAAUAGUACUUCCUUAAUUUUUUAUGACAGGGAUGCUUCUUUCCUCGACACUCAGAGCAUCUGUUGUGCGGAAUCUUCUUACUCCUGACCUUGCAAAGACAUCUACAGUUGAAAAUUAAACUAGAAUGGCCUCUAAAUCUGACAACCUCAAGUGUUAGAUUUUCGGGCUGAAUCUCCACAAUGCAUCACAAUUAUAACGAUAAUUUUUUAUAUUAUUAAGACAUUUUUUUUUAUCAUGUUUGUUGCUUAAGUUUUAAUUCCCAUAAGCGGCAACGCUUUCAUCACCAUCGUGUUGAAAUAAAAGUUAUUGUAUAUUUGUGAUUUUAAUUCAUUUUUGCUCCUAAGAGGUACCGAUUCUGGUAAAGACAUUGGGAAAUAAGGACAUACUGUUACCCCCACCCCCACCCCUCCUCUCCCUCAUGCUUUUCUGCAAUCUGAAUGAUUUUUGGGGAGGGGCUGUCAGUUCACUUCUAUCAAAAUGGUCCUCACUACUGCACUUCUAAAUAAUAUAACUGUUAAAUUUCUGUUUUUUUCUCAGGUCAUCCUAGUUUAUGGGUCUAGUGUUGUAAGCUGCAAACGACAAAAGCCAAAACAUGAUGAAAUUGAGAGAGUGAUCAACAAGACUCAAUCCGUAAUCUGGAAAUGCUCAGUUUCAGAGUGUCAUCCAGGGAGUGGACUGAGUUUUCCCUGUGGUGUUAGUAUUCCCUUCAGUGAAUCAAUUGAGUGUGUCUACUGUGUAAAAGGGGCAAAUUACUCUGAGACAAAUGAUUAUUCUCAGUGUAAAAGCUGUAGAGAGUGCAGUCCACAUGAAAUGUCAUCAGGACAUUGCACCACCACAGAGGAUACUACCAGAUGUUUAAAAAUGUGCGAUAAGGGUUUUUAUUGGAAUAAAAUAACUGACUCAUGUGAUCCAUGCAGUGACUGCUGCAGACAACCAUUGGCACACCAUGAGAAGCAGUGUGAGGAUUCUGGUCUUCCUGUGUCACAUCAGUGUCGGCAAAGCCAUGUCCAAUGUCAGCAUCCUACAGGCACGUUCAAAACUGAUGGAAAACUGUUUCAGCCUGAUGAUCACAAAGUAAAUCGCCUUUCUUCUUCUAGUAUUGCUGGCAUCGUGGUUAGCUGUGUUUUAUUAGUUGUGAUGAUAAUUGUUCUUGGCUUUGUGACUCACAAAUGGUGUGACUGGCAGGAAGUCAAAACUAUUCUUAAAAGAGACUACUGUUGCUUCAAUCAGGGAAAAACAGAGACUGUUUACUCCUACAACCCAAAUGAUAAUGAUGCUGCCUUAGAAUCAGCCUCUUGCUCACAGAAAAAUGGAAGAGGACCAGGCCAUUUGGAAGAGGCUAAUAAGAAAGGACUUUUGACAUCAGGUUAGUACAAAACAAAGACUCCUAGGCCUUUUUUAUAAGAAAAAAAAUGUGUAGUUUCAUAUUUUAAUACAGUCAAGUCUUCAAGACAGACACCUUUAGGACCAGCAUUAUUGUCCAUCUAAGAGUGAUGUCUGCCUUAAUAUAGAGAGUAAGAUAAAGGGAGUAAAGAAAGGCAGGGACCAACUCUAGGUGUCUAUUUUACCCAGGUGUCCUUCUUAAUAAUAUUGACUCCGUUAAGACGAGUCAACUGUAUCCCUGCCCCUACAAACAGAAGGUUGUUAAAAACGUUUGCUAAAGGGAAAUUAAAUGGUGAGGUCUGAUGGAAGAAUUUGAUAGCAAGGGGGUGAGGAAUGCAAAAAAAACAGACAGUUUCAUGGGAGGGUUAUCAUAAAUACCCUGAGACUACAGAAAUUCCAGGAGGGUGGUUUUUAGGACAAAAGACACAGCUAUUAUUUGUCAAUCCUUUAAUUGGAUCAAAAAAGUACAAUUUACCUGGGUGUAGAGGUUAUGUGAACGGCUAUUGGGCCCAGUGUCACAAAUAGCUGUAACAACUUUUGAUUCAUUCUCAGUAAAAUUUUAAAAAAUGAUGUAUGUUGUAGUUGUUUAUUGCUUUAUUAUAUUUCAUAACUAAAGAAGGAGAAGGAAGCGUACUUAAAAGGAAUUCUACAUUUGUCUAGUGACAAUGUGAGUUGUUGUUCCGAGAGGAUACAGCAGUGGUUUCUCCAGCUGGCCAGACACAAUGCUAUGAACUCUCCCUUUGUACUGUAG